AUGGCCCCGGCGGCGGCCCAGUCCGAGCGCAAAAGAAACACCACAAACCUGACUAAACAUUUAAGCAAAAUUCACUCCGAGGUUCAUAAAGAGCUGCAGUUGAAACGUGCCGCAGCGACGGAAAACCCUGCAGCCACACCGACUCCGAGGCCAAGGUACCAAAGUACCUUAGAAGCAGCGUUUCAGAAAGGCAAGACAUAUCCAGAUGACUCUCCAAGAGCAGGAAACAUCACAGACCUGAUUGCCAAGAUGAUUUGCCUGGACCUCCAGCCCAUAUCAAUAGUGGAGGACAGGGGAUUUAAUGCCCUUAUGAAGUACGUUGACCCAAGUUUUAAAAUGCCUAGCCGCAAAAAGAUCAAAGAAGAAACUAUAACGCACAUGUACACAGCCUUCUGCAAUGAGGUGAAGAGAACUUUAGAAAAUGCUGAGAGUGUGGUUUUAACAACAGAUAUGUGGACAUCAAGAAGCACCCAGUCCUACUUGACAGUGACCUGUCACUUUGUGCACGACUGGCAGAUGGUAGAAUAUGUCCUAGAAGCUAAUUGCUUUACUGAACAGCACACUGCCGCUAACAUUAGUUUAGCGCUGAAAAGAAUUACAGAUCAUUGGGGCAUUACUCAGAAAGUGGCAGCAGUCAUCACAGACAAUGGUGCCAAUGUUGUGGCUGCAGUUCACCAGGCUGGUUGGACCCACUACCCGUGCUUUGCCCACACGUUAAACUUGGUGGUGAAAGAUGCCAUUAAAGCUGUCCCGGAAAUUGUUAAUCUCUUGCACAAAUGUAGCGCUAUUGUUACAUUUUUCCACCACAGCUCCAAAGCCACAGAGAAGCUUUCAAACUUGCAGAAGCAACUGGACAUGCCUGAGCAUAAACUCAUACAUGAAGAAAUGAACUUGAUCCAACCUACCAUUGAAGCGUUGAGACUGUAUGAACAGGCAACGCAAGAGAUCUCUUCCUCAAAGCAAGUGUCCAUGUCAAAGCUUCACCUGUACCUCAAGCAGCUUCACCUGUACCUCAAGCACCUUCACCUGUACCUCAAGCAGCGUCACUGGUACCUCUAG